UUGAAGUUAUUAUUGACGAAAAAGAUUACAAAUUUGUUGAAUUAAAAGAUGAAAAUGAAGUGAAAAAUUUUAUUACAAAGUGCCAUCCAAGAAAACCAAGCAGACCUGCUAGAGGACAUAGACCAGGUUAUUGGAGACCGAGAGGAGGUAGUCAUGGUCCAGUUAUUGUUCACCAUGAUAUUCAUCAUUACCAUACCCAGAUAGUCAAUCAUACAGAUUAUACAAAAAUUAAUAAAUUAAAUUCUAAACUUACCGAAUCUGAAUUUAAACUUACUGAAUGUGAAAAACACAAACAAGAAAUUAAAGGAAAAAUCAUUGAAUGUUUGAAACUACUUGGUAUUAAUUUCUCACUUGAAAAUAAUCUGAUAGAAUUAAUUGAUAAAUUAAUAAAAGCUUGUGAAGAAAUGACGUUAGUUGGACCUGUUCUUGAAAGAAUUUGGAAAUGUUUAAAAGUUUUGGAUCCUCAAGUUGCCGGUAAUUUCGAUCCUAAUAAUAUCCUUACUGAAAAUGGAAAUUUGAAUAGUUUAGUAAAAUCUUGUUAUAGAGUUUAUAAUCCCAAAACCCCUUAUCCAUAUAUAAAUAAUCUUAGUUUUAUAA